AUGGCUAAUCCUUGGUCCCAGCUUCGAGUGGCCGACCUCAAGCUAUAUCUCAGAGCCAUGGGGUAUAAGACCUAUGGCAAAAAAGCUGAGCUGAUCGCACAACUGAAAGCAAUUAUGCAGAGUGAUCCUACGGCUCGGAAGAUGGUGCACCCCGCCUUUUGGUCAUCACAGUCACAGUCUCAGUCUCAGUCUCAGUCUCAGUCUCAGGCACCGCUGACUCAGACGCAAGCCCAGGCUCAUGCUUUGGUCCCACCGCAGUCACAGCCACCCUCAGCGCACCAGCAGCCUCGUGCUCCCCCCAGCGCUCAAGCAGUGGCACACUCCCAUCAACAGCAGCGCAUCCCGUCCGAUGCCAACAAGCAAUCCUCACUUCAAGUGACCGGCUUCACCGUUUUCUGCCAGCGGCUUUCAAAUGCCCAGCGCCAGCCAUUCGAGGAGCUGGCGCGCCAGAUUUUACAACGACAUCGUCUCCAGCAACAGGCAGUCGCUGGGCCGCGCAUGCCCCAGGCGAAGCCCGCCAGACAUGGUUCCAUAUCUUCAGCUUCUAGCACUGCUGCGCCUCCUGCCAAGCGGGCGCUGGUGACUUUAAAGCCGUCCAAGCAGCACGCCGCAGCCACUUCCUCAACGCAAUCGCAGACCUCUGCUACACCGCGGCACAGCGUGGUGCCGCCUGCACCAGGGCGUUUGCCGUCUCAACCCCCGUCUGAGCGUCAGCAUGCGUUUUCACAGUCACCAGCACUGCAGACGGGGCCACGCUCAUCCAGCAAUCAGUCCCACCCACCCCCAACCGCUGUACAGCACGCACCACCGACGACCGUGGCAGGGGCGGCAGGUCGUGCAGUUACAGACGCCAUCUUCCUUAACGGGGAACUACAGCCACGCUGGAUGAUGAACAUUACUCGGGGUCAACUGCGAGGGGCACCAGGGGCUGUCAGCUGGACACACCUCCCUGAUACGCUCGUGCGUGCCAUCAAUGUUUGUCACAAGCAGCAUCAGACUCGCCAAAAGUUACAUCCGCUCUAUGUCCACCUCUCUGGCGAGCUGUGUGCUGUCAAGGUGGAUUUUGUGGGCCAACGGGUUUCUUUCGAGCUCAAUCCCAGCCGCCAGUUUGCCAUUCGAGCCACAUCGGAGCAACCCACACAGCAAUGCAAGCCUGACGCAGAGAGUGUGGUACUUUAUUCGUUAAUUCGCCGAGUGCCAUGGCCAUUUGUUUUGAACGCCAUCAACUCCUUGCAUGAGCAGGGCGAGGAAGCUUCAAAAAGCGCCGUUUACGAGCUGGCGGAUGAGGAGUACAUUGAGCUUGUGAACCGAAUGGCCAUGUCUAAGGCUAUGGAUGAAAGUCGGAGUCAACGUGAUGUAACGGAGCGCGAGGAACGGGAAAAGGAAAAGGAGGCUGCUAUCAAGCUGCACCCGCUGGAUAAUUCGGCCUUUGCCGAUUCAGAACUCUUGCGUGAAGUGCGCAGUUCACGCUUGUUUCGACAAGUGUGCGAGGAGGAAGCGGCGAGAGGCGCCGUGGGUCAGCUUUGCGAUUUGGAGAAGCGCUUGAUUCGCUGGUACAAAGGUCCAGCCUCGGCUUAUUUUGCUGACGUUAGUCGUCGAAUGCAGCAAGAUCCAGCAGCUGCACCUGCCAUUGUCAAUGACGUACUGCGAGUUGUCAAGCAAGAGGUCCUGCUGCGGCCCACAGAUUCCCUUCCCGUUUGCUUUCACAAGUACCGGGAUGUCGUGCUGUCUCAAGACAACGGCCAGCUGGCUGAGGUGGCGGUCGAGCAGGAUCAAAGCAACGGUCAAGCGGUCGAGCGCAUUGUGCUCGAAUGA